ACAUUUGAGAGGUUAAUUUUAUUUCUAAGGACAAAGACGAUUCUGUAAUGCAAUAAGCAAAUCAGAGAUUUAUCUACAAGAUAAUGUGAAUUAUCUGUAUGAUUACUCUUUGGCAUGUGUUCUCACCCGGAAAAGUGUUGGAGGGAAGUUUGAAGUGUUAUAAACUUCGUCAUUCUAAUUCAGCUGUUCUUUCAAGUGUGCAGGCUAUAUAAACUGAAGAGAAACCCUAAAUGUGCUUUAAAUUGUUCUCUCUAAUCGAAGAAGAUGGACUGGAUCCACUGCAAUUCUUGUUAUACACAGCCGUCAGAAAUUCGUGAAAGAAAAUUCUUACUAACUAGCUGUGGUCAUAUCUAUUGCAGCGAGUGCUUAAAAUCGACAAUUUUGCAACAGAAGUGUGGUGUAUGUGGCAAUCAGUACACAACAACUCAGUUAACAUCGAAAAUGAGACCAGAUGUGCAAGAAUAUUUCACUUCACCAGAUGAAUUUCUAAAUAAACUGAUUCAAAUACUUGCAUUUCAAAAUGGGCACCGUAUGCGCAUGAUUGCUCAUCUUAAAGCUCUGGAUCUUAAGUAUAAAGCAGCAAAACAAGAAAUCAAACGACUGCAUGAUAUCAUAAGAUCAUUCCAGAAAAAGCUGAGUAAUAUGGAAAAACAUAUUGAGCAGCUGAAACAUGGAAGCCCUACAUCUCCUACUCAUUCCACAUCCCAGUCUUCAUUUUCUGCAACUACUCCACAGCAAAGAUAUUCUCAGCCAGUACAGGCAUCACAGCUACAGAGAACCUUCAUGACAACCAACAGGAUUUCUCUUCCACGAAAUUUGUCUCCAAACACGUCAUUGCCCGAGUUUUCACCUUAUAGAAUUGGUACACUUACAACAUCCACACCAGUCAGCAGAAUCAACUGUGGUUCUGCAACCAGGAACUCAGGUCAUGGACCUGGAGAUUUUAAAUCCCCUGUGUCACCUGUUUCUCCUCCGGAUGUUUCUACACAAUACAGAAAACCAGGACAUUAUUCAUCUCAGUCAACGACUCCUGGAACACCAAAAACUCCGUCCACUCCAGGAUAUUCCCCACAUCUGCCCGAGCCUGCUAAUCUCAUGAACAGGAUGGAUCACAUGACAGAAGUGACAUUGAGUCAGAACACUCUGCUGAAUGCCUUAAAUAAUCCAAAAAGAAUAUCUCCUCUACAAACUAGAAUAUCUCCACAGAAAACUAGAACAUCUCCACAUCAGACUAUGAGAAUAUCACCCUUGCAAAGUCUCAAUGCCAAAGGAAGCCAGUCAAGUAUUUAUUCAAGCCAAAAUGUUUCACAGAGAUCACACAGGGGAAGCAAUUGCUCAUAGACAACAUGAUCAAGAAAAUUUUAUCAGUAAUCGUGCAGUUGCAGGCUUCCUAAUGUUGUGAUUAUGAUGAGGCAACUUCGUAUGAAUGGUGUGCGGCUUCUGAAGCAUCUGGGUUAGUUACAAGAAGUUUGGUGAUACAACCUAAUUUCCGUUCCAAUAAAUGCAACAAUUGUCAUCUUAUUUCAGAGACAACCACAUCAGUACUAAUGGCACAUUUGGGCACUUAACAUACACAUUGUGAACUGUCCAAUGUGAUGUAUAGCAUAAUAUAUGUGCAAUGACACAUUGUAAGCAAAAGAUAACAGAAUAUGCAUUUUAUGAGAAGCAUUGUUCUCCAAUAUUCAUUUGUCUUCCUUUUGUAAUGGGAAUUCUGCAAUGGCUUCCAUGUAGGUUAGUGUAAUUAUAGCCAAUGAAUAAAAUUCAGGUAU